GACAGCAUCGCAGUCUUUCUUUCAGGGAGGUCUAUUCGUCCUCUUCUUAUAUAUCCGUUGAGCUUUUUCUUUUUGUACAUUUUGUCCGCAUUUAUUUCUCCAUAAAGAUCCAAGUUUGGACUACAUUUGACUUCAUUGCUGUGUGAAUUUUCAGGAGAUUUAUAAACAAUGGAACCGACAAUACGGCUUUGGUUAAGGUAUGUCUUGAUCUGCGUAUUUCUCGCGGCUGUCUUGCAGACUGCAUCUGCUGUUACUCACUACACAAUUCCCGAGGAAAUGGACGAAGGCUCUGUGGUUGCAAAUCUGGUAUCUGAUUUAGGAUUGGAUUUGAGAAGUCUUAGUAAACGUAAAAUGCGCUUGGAUGUCGUCGCCAGUAAAAAAUAUCUUGACGUUAACAAAGACACAGGGGAGCUGUAUAUUUUAGAAAGGAUUGACAGAGAGAAUUUGUGCAUAUCAAAAUCAGCCACAACAUGCGUCCUUAAAGUGGAUGUCACAUUAGAGAAUCCUAUCCGAAUGUUUAAUAUUGAACUUGAAAUAAUGGACAUAAAUGAUAAUGCUCCACGUUUCCGACGAGAUACGAUGCAUUUAGAUAUAUCAGAAGGGACAACAAUAGGGGAGAGAUUUUCCCUCACUAAUGCCGUGGACCCUGAUAUAGGAUCUAAUUCUGUAAAGACAUACUAUCUCAGUCAAAGUGACCAUUUUAAUAUCGAGAUUCAAACAGGAAGAGAUGGAUCUAAAUUUGCUGAUUUGAUACUGAAAAAGCCUUUAGACAGAGAAGAACAAGCUUCACAUAAUCUGAUUCUCACUGCUGUGGAUGGAGGAGUCCCCGCGCGCUCUGGCACGGCCAGCAUUAUUGUGCGCGUUCUGGACACCAAUGACAACGCCCCUCAAUUCGAUAAAGACAGUUAUACUAUAAAUCUGACUGAAAACGCGCCUAUUGGAAGCCUUGUAGUGAGAUUAAACGCCUCAGAUAAAGACGAGGGCUCAAAUUCAGAUUCUUACUCUUAUAGUUUAUACACUUCAGAGAAAACACAGCAGACUUUCAGUCUGAAUCCCAAUAAUGGAGAAAUCAGAGUGAAAGAGCUGAUUAAUUAUGAGGAUUUCAGGAUCUAUGAUAUGGAAAUUAUAGCAACAGAUAAAGGAGCUAAUAGUCUUACAGGAAAGUGUAAAGUAAAGAUUUUAAUCACGGAUAUGAAUGAUAAUCAUCCUGAAAUUUCCAUCAAAUCAUUCACAAGUCCAGUUAAAGAGGAUGUGCCUGUAAAUACAGUGAUUGCAGUUGUUAGUGUGAGUGAUAAAGACUCUGGAGAAAAUGGACAGGUAGACAUUCAUAUUUCUGCUGAUUUACCUUUUGCGCUUAAAGAAUCAUCUGAUAAUUAUUAUGAAUUAUUAGUUUCAGAGCCGUUAGACCGUGAAAAGCUUCCAGAAUAUGACAUCACUAUCACCGUCACUGACAGGGGCAACCCGCCGUUAUCUGAUAAUGAAACUAUAACUUUAGAGCUGCUGGACGUGAACGACAAUGUUCCUCAGUUCCCACAGACUUUCUACACGAUACCAGUAAUGGAGAAUAACGCGCCUGGAGCUUCACUGAGCUCUAUAACUGCUGUAGACCCAGACCUCCAUGAAAAUCAGUAUCUGGUUUAUUUCAUCAUAGAGAAGGAAAUAGCCAACACCUCCAUGUCCAUGCUGUUCUCCAUUAACCCGGAGAACGGCAAUCUUUACGCGCUAAAGACGUUUGAUUAUGAGAUAGAGAAGGAUUUUCUGUUCCACAUCGAGGCCAGAGACUCUGGUGUUCCUCCGCUCAGCAGUAACGUGACCGUUCACAUUAUUAUCAUGGACCAGAACGACAACACACCGCUUAUAGUGUCUCCGUGGCGCGCGCAGGGCUCGGAGGUGAAGGAAACCAUCCCGAGAUCCACCGAUAAAGGAACUCUGAUCGCCAAAGUCAUCGCCAUAGACUCUGAUUCAGUGCACAACUCCCGCAUCACCUACCAGUUUCUCCAGAACACCGACGCUACAUUAUUCAGCUUGGAUCAAUACAACGGAGAGAUCCGGACCAUGAGGAUGUUCAGUUACAGAGACUCGCGAGACCAGCGGCUGGUGGUGAUCGCCAAGGACAACGGAGAGCCCGCGCUCUCUGCUACAGUCACCAUCAAACUGUCCACGGUGGAGACCGCGCUUAAAACCUACACUGAGGUGCCUUUGGAGUAUGACAUCUUCUCGGAUUUAAACCUGUAUCUGGUGAUCGGACUGGGCUCUGUGUCAUUUCUUCUGCUCAUCACUAUAUUGGUGACCAUCGUGCUCAAGUGCCAGAAAGCGAAGCCCAGCAAAGCGGCUCCUCCGAGCAGGAACAGUGUGAUCAGCGAGAGGAACUCCACCAUCGCGGACUCCACUCUGGUCUCCAACGAUGCCUACUGGUACAGUUUAUUUCUAGCAGAGACGAGGAAAGGAAAGCUGGUGGUUAGACAGCCUGUGCCAAAGGGAGCGAGAUACAUCGUGUCCAGCAUCCCGAGGAGCACAGGACUGACCGAGACCAGCGACUCUGCGGCUUCUACUUUACAGGUAUGCAUUGCCACAUAG